AUGGUUCAUAUCCAGCGCAAACGCAACUGGCUCAAUGGUCUUGCGACCCUCAUGGUCCAGCGCGGCACGCCCCUCCCACCAAUGCUCACCGGCGUUCCGUUCCCAUCCAAUUAUGACCCGGCCAACAUGCCCUGGAAGUCCCUCGAGGUCUCUACUAACGACAUCGGCGUCGUGCGGCUCGCCGGGAAGGACGUCGAUCUAUAUAAACUUUGGGGGCUCAUCCUACAGGCAGGCGGCGGCCAGAAGGUGUCGCAGAAGGGCGCCUGGCCACUUGUCCUCCAGCAAUUCGACCUACCGGACGCGAUACCCUCCCCCAACAAUCCUGUGGAGCCGCAGCCCACUGCGCCUAUCAUCGAGCGGUACUACACCGCGCUGCUUGGUCCGUUUGAGGAAGCGUACCGCAAGAACAUGAUGGAGCAGUCACAGCGAGCAGCUCUCGCUGGGCGCAUGCCCGGCGGGCAGCCAGGACAGAUGAACCCGCAGGCGCGUCAAGGUGGAAUGCCCGGCAUGUCUGGACAGAACGGCCUCCCCAACGGUGGCGCGCCCGGGAUGAACAUGAUGCCCCAAGGCAACAUUGGUCAAAGUAUGGACGGCCCUCUACCUGGUCAGUUCCAUCCUACGCAGGCGAUGCCCCUCCCCUUCCAACCACCUAACCCGAUGGCGCUAGGCGGCGGCAUGCCUGCGAACGGGGCCUCCCAUCCGGCGAUGAACGGUAACAUGGGGAAAAUGCUGCCAGGUGGGUUCCCUGCGAUGCCUGGCGGGCAGAACGGGAACGUGGAGCUGGAACACGAUAUGGAAAGCCGGAAACGCAAGAUGCAGGAGGCAGUCGAGUCGGACGCGAAGCGCGUACGGCAGAAGACAGGUGGGUCGGACGUAUCGGAGUCGCGUUCCUCUGUCGCGCCUCCGGCUGUCGAAGCCCCAGUUGCUCCUGUGGUCACGCGUACUAUCCGUCAACCAUCACGACGAAAGAUCGAGUACGUUCCUUUCGCUCGCGAGGUAGACACCGCGGGCGGGCGGGACCUUGAGCUCAUUCAGAGCGAACUAUCACGGAUGGGGGUCAAGGGUGUGCGGCGCAUAGAGGAAUGGGGCCAAGUUGACCUCGAAGCUGUCACGCUUUCGCUGCGCUCCCGCGUGUCGACCGAGAUGUCGUACGCGCUCACCACCUUCACCCUCCUCACCCUCAUGCGCGGCUCGAACCAAGGUGGCGGGUUCCCCAUUGCUCAGGCGCCUGAACUGCUGGACGAAAUGGUAGACCUGAUGGAGGAUCUCGCCUUUGACGGCGCAGAGGACGAAGGCUACCCCGACGACUCGCCGAUCGUCACACACAGGGAGCUUGUGAACUCGCUCGUAGAGGACGGGUCAAAACCUUUUGCGGCUCUCGCACGCGAGCAGGGAGCGAGAGACCCCGACAACGGACCUCGACAUCGUCCGGCGGAGACCAUCCUUGUCGUCCUAAACAUCAUCCGUAACCUCUCCAUCGCUAGCGAGAAUCAGGAAUACCUCGCGAAACACGAGAAGCUGCUGCCUGUCUUGUUGCGCAUGUGCGCACUUGCCCCCGCCUCCAAGCACGCCUCUCCACUGCCACUCGCUCCCGCGCUCUCCCUUGCUGACCUGCUCAGCAUACGCAAGGACGUCAUGUACCUUCUGCUCAACAUCUCCCCCAACAUCCACCUCUCGCCAACGUCCCCGUCUAAAGAGCAGCUGCUCACUGUGCGCCGAGCAUACGAGGUCAUCGCCUCGUACCUCGUAGACGUCACCGAGGCGAUCUCACCAUUCCAGUGGAUCCUUCAAACGGGCAUCCCUCCCGCGGUGCACCAGCCUAAACCUCCCGCGCUCGCCGACAUGGCGCUCGACACGUUCUCCCGCUUCACGCUCCCAGACGACAACCGCCAGGCCGUGUCCAAAGCGGUCCCACAGUCUUGGCAGUGGGCGCUGCUCGAGGCGAUCGUGCACCGGCUACCGGUCGCGGACAAUGACUUCCAGGUCAUCAUGCGCGACGUGUGGCUCUCGUACAUCGAGCGCCUGAUCAUGUCGCUCUACUCACUCGCGUUCCUCGCGCCCCCAGCGGUGAAGGAGCGCGCCAAGCGCGAUCGCGCGCUCGGGUUCGCGCAGGUCAUGAUGCGCCUCGUUAAGAAGUUCACGGUGCACGCCCCGCCGGAGCUGCGCCACCACUUCGCGAUCUCUGUGCGCCGCGCGGUCGAGGCGCUAAAGGUCGUCGAUGACGCGGAGGAUUCCUUCGACGCGGGCAGCGUGGCGGCCGCGCCGACGCUUGCAUUUGGGAUGGGCUAUGGGGAGCAGGGCGACUCGCGUGUUGAACGUGGGAUGGGCAUGCUGAGCGGGUACCAGGAGGACAUCACGCUCGGGCUGAUGAUGCACCCCGACCUCUUGGACGCGUUGUUGUUCUCGGAGCUCGAGAGCCUGGUGCGUGUCGGGCGGUGA